ACAAACGGUGCGGAAGUGGAACCGGAUAACCGCCGAAAAUUCGGUCCCUGGUCCUCUGUAAUCCUUGCAUUAGUACGUGCGAUCGUGUGAGUGUGUGUACCACAGAUUGUGAAAUUAAGAACUGUCUCGCUGCCAAAGCAUGGAUAAAAUCUGCCGUUCUCAGCUCCCGGAUUCGUCCUCAUCGCCACCGCUCAGUGGUAUUCAUGGGUUCCACAGCUUCGAUGAUGAGCUAAUUGCUGAUCUGCCAUCGUGCGUCUAUGCGACGCAUCACCAUCAUCAGCUCGGUAGUGUUGCUGGCAAUAAUGGUAGUGGUACCGUUGGCGUUGGUGGUACCAGCACGGCCCAAACGGGCCACGGUGGCCACAGCAAUAACAACAACAGCAGCGGUAGCCCUCCAAACUUGAGGCUCAACUCAAACAGCCUGCGACAGAUGCAGCAUCAGUAUUUGCAUCCAAAUGAAUGUCUCGAUUCGUCAACCCCACCGAGUCCUUCGCUGUCUACCCCCAUGAGCAGCCAUCCGUACAAUCCGCCACCGUACAAGAUGCAACGUCAGCAGCAGACCAGUGUCCGCGAACGGAAGCGCAUGAUGCGUUCGGCACCGAAUGGCAGUAUCAACUCAGCGUUCGAUGAGCUGCGGGUGCACGUGCCCACGUUCCCGUACGAGAAGAGGCUCAGCAAGAUCGACACUCUGCGUUUGGCGAUCGCCUACAUUGCGCUGUUGCGCGAAGUUCUCGAGGCGGAUUACGAUCCACUGACGUACGUGGAAAAGUGUCUGCGGGGUGAAAUCAAGGCAGACCGUGCCCACUGGAAUACUAGCGAUCUUACUGCCCGGUUGUCGUGGAUUAACUGGGAGAACCUUGGGGUCCAUCCGGGACGCCGCACCAUACUGACGUCGCUGGCGUUGGGCUCGUCGGAGAGUCUCGGCUGUGGACCGCCACCACACUUGAUUUAAAUCCUUCCGAUCCCGCCGGGUCCAUCGUGAGCCGAGCCUAUUGCUGGCGACCAUUAUUGGAUGUCUUCCGUUCGUUUCUAGUCCUAUCCAAGAUAAGUAGAUUGUA